CGACUGUAUCUGUAAGACUGUAACUAGUUUGCUUCUCUUCUCCGACGAGACGUCUAUCAAUUUCUCCCCGAUGGCAACAAUCAACCACUCUCCAUUACAGGCCUACCCUACUAUUCGCGUAGUCUCCUUUUCUUCUCUCCAAAGUUCCCCAAACCUUGCAUUCGGUUCACACUUCAAAUCCUCUUUUACUUUCCCUUCUAUAUCCCUGAAACCCUUCGACGCAAUCAAGUUCAGACCUCGCUCUUUAGUCGUCGCUGCAGUUCUCAAGAAUCUCUCGGAGACUGAGCUAGUUCCUGUGCCGUUGACGUCAGACGAAUUUUCAGCGAAAUUUCCAACGGAUUCGGGCGUAUACGCAGUGUAUGACAAAAAUAACGACCUUCAGUUUAUCGGUAUAUCGCGAAACAUUGCCGGGAGCGUCUUAAAUCAUAUGAAAUCUGUGCCGGAGCUAUGCAGUUCCAUCAAGGCUGGGGUAGUAGAUGAACCUGAUCGGACUGCUUUAACCCAAGCUUGGAAAUCGUGGAUGGAAGAACACAUAAAAGCUACUGGAAAGGUCCCACCAGGCAACAAAUCAGGGAACUCUACAUGGGUUCGGCAGCCACCAAAGAAGAAAUCCGAUCUUCGUCUUACACCUGGUCGUCAUGUACAAUUGACAGUCCCAGUAGAAGAACUCCUUGAUCGAUUGGUAAAGGAGAACAAGGUGGUGGCUUUUAUCAAGGGUUCACGAAGUGCCCCAAUGUGUGGGUUCUCGCAAAGGGUGGUUGCCAUCCUUGAAAGCGAAGGAGUGGAUUAUGAGAGUGUUGAUGUGCUCGAUGAAGAGUAUAAUUAUGGAUUGAGGGAGACACUAAAGACAUUCAGCAAUUGGCCAACAUUCCCACAAAUUUUUGUAGAUGGUGAAUUGGUUGGAGGGUGCGAUAUUCUGACCGCCAUGCAUGAGAAGGGGGAGCUUGCCGAUCUCUUCAAAAAGUAAAGGCUUUAAUCUUUCAGCAAUUGGUCUUUUUAGUAGAACUCGAAUGAUUAUAUGACUAGGAAACAAAUUCGCUGUAUUGUUGGUCAGUCUGUAUUUCUGUGGAUGCUUUACAAUUACAGGCGACAAAAAUGGCUCGAUUGUUCUCAUGUUAGUUGUUGAAUAUCCAUCUGCAUUGUAAUCGGCGCAUUCCAUGUCCGAUUCUUCAACUAUUGGAAUUGGAGUAAUCAA